AUACAAUCAUGAGAAGAUUGCUUAUAAGUUCGACAAAUCUGAGUUGAACUUAUCACAAAUCGAAUAUGUUCAUGUUAGUGCUGGAAGUCAAGAUGUUCCAAUUCGUAACUUGAGAAUUCAUCAUGAGCGAAUCGAUGAAUUACAUCCGACGUCUGAUAAGGAUUUUGGAAUAAAUACAUCUGAACUGAUAAGAAAGCGCCGAUCAUCGGUGGAUCACAUUGCCCCCAGACAUCAUCAUCCAGAUGCGGCAAAAGAAAGCCAUGACGUAUAUUCUAAACCAUUAAAAAUACGAUCGGCUUCCGUUGACAGUCCACGCUCGCCUCAUUUGGCUCAGCCACAACCACCAAAAAAGGUGGGCGUGUUGAGAAAAAUAAAACGCUUUUUUUUUGGCACAGUUACGGUGGACCAAAAGCAGGUAGCACAAGCAGCUGCCUAUACUGAACAUUCUUCUGAUGUGUCAACUACAGAUAUGCCAGAGUACGAUCAACCAAUUUACGAAAUAGUCGAAUCUAAGCCACGACGAGACAGGGCACCAUCGCCGAAACGCAACUCAUCAAGAUCGAGGUCACCAUCGCCAAAGGCUCGACCGCCACCGAGACCUAGAACACCGCCACUGCAUUCAUCAAAGCUACCUCUUUGUCGUGAUUCUAUCUACUGUCUCAAUCAAAAUGUUAGGGCACAUACCGAUGAAUUUUCUCACAUAUGUCGUUUCAACGAUCAGUGUCGAAAACAGGCAGAUGAACCACACCUUGUUCAUCAAAAUCACAAGGUUCCACGAUGUACAGAUGACAGAGAUUGUAGGAAAAAAGCCGAUCCAGUACAUCGUGCACAAUAUCGCCAUAGAGGUUUAUCAGAUUUUCUUAUGCCAUGUCAAUAUCAAGAGCUUUGUUACGAUAAAUCUGAUGAACAUCGUCUGAGAUAUUUUCAUGGAGAAGAAAUACCGUCAUUCAAAAAACACAAACCACUGGCACCUGUCAUUGCUAGCACCCGGUCAAGAGCAGUGAUUCCUUGCAAAUUUGGUAAUGACUGUCCAAAUAAGAACGAUCCGAAACACAGUGCAACAUAUUCACAUCCUACUUAA